AUUCUCUCCUCCCUCGCCGCCCCGCUUGCCUCUUGCCUCCUCCGGGGCCGCAGGGGAGGAGGCGAGCACGCUGCACCCUGGGCCCGCGCGGCUCGCAGAAAGGCUUAUUUUCCACUUCUCCCGGGGAAUUUGGAGAGGGUCUGUGUGUGUGCGCGCGCGCGUCAGCUGCGGGCGAAAGAGGGUAGGAUCUAGCGGCGAGCAGAGGGUCAGGGUCUUUGACGUUUCUCGCCCGUUGCACAAACCUCGCGGAACAAGAAAGAGUGUAUCCGAGAGUGCGAGCGUGUACACGGGCUGGCUGCCCUUGGCACACUCGGUGGCCCGGGGCCCCGGGGCCCGCGGUCCCCUCUGGUGGCCCGGGAUUACCGUGACGUCACAUUGAGCCUCUGGCCACCUUGGACUGGGACACCUCGGGAACCUCACAGCCCGACGCCACGCUGUACCUCACCUUGCCACUGCGCGCCUUUGGCACCCUGCUCCUUCUUCCUAAUUCUGCUGAUCCAUGGGCCCCUCUGCCUCCUGGAACCCACAGGCCGUAGGGGUGCCUUACCAAUCACAGGACUCGGCAGUCCCUCUGCCUUUGACUCUACCUUCAGACUCUCCCCACCGGCCAACGAACUGGCGGCCAGCUCCUGCAGCGCUGUAAGCAAACCAGACGCCUUGCUGCUGGAGUCAUCGUAUCACCAAGCUGAGCAAGGGACUCGAAAGGAAAGAGGGAAUCAAGUCCCUGAAGACGCCCUGCUAUGGCCUUCCCGCCCUUUGGACACCCGUACGGUGGCGCAUCCCAGUUUCUGGUGUCUGCAAGUUCCAGUGCCACAUGCUGCGAACCAGCCCCUCGGUCGGUGUCAGAUGUGGCCUCAGGCUCCACCUCUGCCUCUACUCUUUGCUGUACACCCUAUGACAGUCGGCUGCUGGGUAGUGCUCGGCCAGAGUUGGGCGCUGCCUUGGGCAUCUAUGGAGCACCCUAUACAGCUACCCAGAGUUACCCUGGGUACCUGACCUAUGGCCCAGAGCCACCCACACUGUGUGGUGCACUGAAUCCUCAGUAUGAGUUUAAGGAUGCUACAGGAAGCUUUACCCCCAGCCUGACCCAGCCAGGGGCCUACUAUCCCUAUGAGACAACUCUGGGGCAGUAUCAAUAUGACAGGUAUGGUGGAGUGGAAUUGAGCAGUGCUGGCCGCAGGAAGAACGCCACAAGAGAGAGCACUAGCGCACUGAAGGCCUGGCUCCACGAGCACCGCAAGAACCCGUACCCCACCAAGGGCGAGAAGAUCAUGUUGGCCAUCAUUACCAAAAUGACCCUCACCCAGGUGUCCACCUGGUUCGCCAACGCGCGCCGGCGCCUCAAGAAGGAGAACAAGAUGACCUGGGCUCCCAAGAACAAGGGUGGGGAGGAGAGGAAAGCGGACAGUGGAGGAGAAGAUUCUCUGGGAUGCCUGAAUGGUGACACCAAAGACGGUACUACCAGCCAGGAAGCCCGGGGGCUGAGGCUGAGUGACCUGGAAGACCUGGAGGAAGAGGAGGAAGAGGAGGAAGCAGAAGAGACGGAGGCAGUGCUCUCAGCAGCACGCAGGCUGGCGGAUUUUCAGAAGAGCGCGCAGCCCCUGCCUGCUUCCUGCACCUCUGCUCAGGAGGGAUGUUUGGAGAGCAGAGAGUGCGGCCUGGGGUUACCCCGUUUCUCCUUUACUGAGGCCCCGCAAUCAGGGGAAGCUGACUUCAUUACCGCAGAGCCAAGUGGCCCCACGAUGAUCGUGCACUACCCAAGCGGCCACAAACCCCGCAUUUGGUCCUUAGCUCACACUGCGGCAGCCAGCGCUGUCGAAGGUGCUCCCCCAACUCCGCCCAGGGCACAAAGUCCAGAGUGCCACAUGAUCCCCAGACAGCCCAGUUCCAUCAGGCGACUCCUGGUCCCCAGAGACUACGGAGGCGAAGAGGAUUCUCCUGCAGUCAAAGCUUUUGGAAACUCCACGUUCGCCCUGCAGGGGCUGCCACUGAACUGUGCACCUUACCCGAGGCGGAGAGAGCCUGAAGUGCGGUUCCAGUACCCAUCUGGAGCAGAAGCAGGUUAGUGCAGUGGCUGCGGUUUGCAGAAGAGUUGGAAGUGGCUGCUUCUGGAUUCACCUUCAUAUUAAGAAGCUUCCAGGCCUUGGCAGGGACUGGGAGCUCUCACUUUGCCUAAGACAAACACACAGGACCAUCCUAGCAGCUGUCCUUGCACGCAGGGCUGGGGCUGGUCAGGUAGACACACACCUAAUCAUUCUUGGAGGGAAGAUGGCGGGAGACCUUGGGAGAAAGCCCUGUGCAUGCUCACAGGGUACUUUUUACCAAGUCUCUCUUCCUCCUCUGGAUGGAGGUCCUGAACAGCAUCUCCUCCUGCUCACCCACCCCUGCCCAGCCCAUUCACUGUGUAACUUUCUUGCUGAAAUGGUCUCCAAGGAUCAUCUGUGUCUCCUUCCCCUUCCUCUUCCCCUUCCCAGGCUUAUACCUUCAAAAAUAACUUAGCUGAAGC